UUACGGAUAGACUCUGUGGCAUACCGCGCUAUGCUCUAGAAAAGGAGGAUAAUGGUUUUUUAUCAGUGCCUGGCCCAGUUUUGCAAGGGGAAUUUGGUAUUGUUCAGGACCUGUCGCCGCCUUUUGGGCAUGAUGGCUUUGUCGCUGUCCGUGGUCCUGCUAGGUUUGCUGAAAAUGAGAGACUUCCAGCGAUGGGUAGCAGCGAGAAUUCUAUGUCCUCGUCGGCACCUAACGCGCAGAGUAAGAAUACACGCAGACUGCAUGAUGGCUCUAUAUCAGUGGAGAGAUCCCUGUUCAUUCCAGACAAGGAUUCCCUUGGGGGGCAUGUCUCUGAGAAAAGUGGUGACAACGGAUGCAUCUCUGUCUGGCUGGGGGGCUGUUUUUCAGGGCAGAUCGUUAAAUGGUCGCUGGAUGCCCCAGCUUUGCAAACUUAACAUAAAUAUAUUGGAGUUGAGUGGCAGUCUUUCUGGCCCUGAAACAUUUUCUCUGAUUCUUGGAAGGGUUUCAUGUUCUGGUCAGGACAGACAACACAACAGUGGUGGCAUAUAUCAAUCGCCAAGGGGGAACACGUUCGUUACAAUUGCACAAUCUAACGCGCAAAGUGAUUGUCUGGGGCGCGGUGCACUUCAGCUCACUGCGCGUGACGCAUGUACCAGGAGUCCUGAAUGUAGGGGCGGAUCUCCUGUCAAGGGGCAACCCUUUAUAAGGAGAACGGGUGCUCCACCCGCAGGUGGUGGAUCAGAUUUGGGGGAUUUAUGGCAGGGCUGUAGAUCUCUUUGCCUCGCAGGCAAAUGCAAAGUGACCGCUGUAUUUCUAUCUCAGGGACGAAAAUGCGCCUUUGGGUGUGGAUGCGCUGGCGCACCCGUGGCUGAAUGUGUUGCUUUACACAUUCCCUCCGCUGAGUCUUAUUUCUCCCACCCUAGAAAGAGUAAGAGAAAACGGAUUAUCUCUCCUUCUGAUAGCCCCUCAUUGGCUGGGGAGGCUGUGGGUGGCAGGGAUUGUCCAGCUCCUUCAGUGAGAGCCCUGGCCGCUCCCGUUGCGCCAGGACAUGCUGUCGCAAGCGGGGAGGCAGAUUUUUCAUCCACACCCGGAACGAACCCAUGA